CCUGUUUGUAAGGGUAUAGUUAUAAAUAGAAUAAAUACGGUAAACAGUAUGAACAAUGGCGACUACAGAACGCGGAGUUUUCCUGCAUUGGAAGAAAGUGGACCCACUCUCCGAUGUCACCAAGAAGCAUCCCUCAAGGCGUGGAGGAUGUGAGGGUGUGCGAGAAGUGAGGAUGACACAAUUAGGGACUGAUGGAAAGGGGGGCGUGGCUAACAAGCACCAGGACACCAGAGUGGGGGUGGUCAAGACUGACACAGCUACAGGUGUUGCAACCCUGCAUGACCUUUGCCCCCAGGACAAGACCAAGGUUCGAGGGCUAGUGGAGGAGCUGGCGUCAGUGGGACAGGAGAAGGAGGAACUGGAGGCGGCCAUUGAGGAGGACAGGAGACAGUUCACACUCCUACUGGACAGACUCAAGAUAGAGCAUAAAAAGGUACUAUCAGAGAAGCAGAGAGUGAUGGAAGAGCUCCACUUGUCUCAGCUACAACUACAGCAGUUACACAUUUCACUCCCUCACACCUCCCUCCCUCACACAACCCUUCCUCACACCUCCCUUCCUCACACCUCCCUUCCUCACACCACCCUCCCUCACACCUCCCUUCCUCACACCUCCCUUCCUCACACCACCCUCCCUCACACCUCCCUUCCUCACACCUCCGUCCCUCACACCACCCUCCCUCACACCUCCCUCCCUCACACCUCCGUCCCUCACACCACCCUCCCUCACACCUCCGUCCCUCACACCACCCUCCCUCACACCUCCGUCCCUCACACCACCCUCCCUCACACCUCCCUUCCUCACACCACACCUCGGGCAAGCUUGCUACAUGAAGCUCGUACAUCACCUGGCAACAAUCACAGGACACCUACGUCCAAUCAGAUGAAACCCCUAUCCAAUAAUACGAUGUCAAAACCUCCACCAAAAAGCACUCCUAAUCAAACCAGAACACCUACUGUUUCUGUAACAGUCAAUCCAGGUCCUCCAAAACCUGCUCUAACUAUUGAAGGGGGAUCUAAUGUUAAUGACAGGGGCAGUAGAGAUUGUACCCCUCACAGUGAUGAUUGGCACACCCUCCCUCCCUCAAGCCCACAGCCUUAUACUGUACCGCUGAUACCUCAUCAUAUGACAUCAAGGACUGAUCACAUGACAGCAACAACAAUGAAAGCAUCACCCACCACCCCAAAAGACAAAAUACAUGUACCAACUCCAACUCCUGUGAUAACAGGCACACCUUCUCGUGACAUCUCCACACAAACAAUUCAAUCAACGGCCACACAAACUCAACACUCACCUGGCCCUCUCACAAUCAGCGAUCUUGUGACUAUGGAAACCACACUACCCCCACCUCCCGUCCAAAAUCACUCCUUUGAAAAGGUUAAAGGUCAAACCACCCCUACACUGCCGAGAAACCCUGUAUUUAGUAUCACGACAAAAGAAUCAAGUGGAAACGCAGCCAGCACUAGUCCUAUUAAAGAUGGCUCACGUAAUACUGUAACAGCUACUAAAAGUUUGCUUAACCAAAGUCCUAAAAAGAAGACGAUGUAUUCUUCAGAUAUCAGAACUUCUGCUAUAAAUGUACCUUCAAAUAGCGUUGGAAAUGAUGAUACGUCGUCAACUGAACAGCUUGAAUCGUUGUUAGCAUCCGCUCUACUCAAUGCACAGCAGACUUUGAACUCUAUACAGACUCUGAGUUACAGUGUGGGACAUGAGGGUACAAUAUCGGUGAACAGUAGUGGGUGUGGCCUCAGUAGGACCGGAACAAACGAAGCGCUGAGUGCAUUAAGUUCGAGAAACGGAAAUGCUCUCCAUAAUAAGAAUAAUAGAGAGGCUGCAUUAGGCCAGUCCGAGUGUGGCGAUGGCGCUAUAGUGACAAACAGACGUGGUGGGUCAAACAAGAUGACUCCUCACUUCCCAAGACAACAAUUGGCACGUGAUUUUGAAUUGUCUGCACUCGAUGAGGAGUUAGCUGCUACGCUGAAUACCCGGGAAAGUGAACACUCUCAAAAUCAACGUACCCGACAAGCCUCAGAUACCGAAGCACUCUGUAGCAGUAGUACUGCAGGUGGUGGUGAGGAUUUCGAAAUUACCGGCUUAGGACAUUUAUGGAACAUUCGUAAAAACAACUUGUCAAUUGCUAGAAAUUGUCCAAAAAAGAAGUCUUCUUCUAAACACACACAAGAGAGAUCGCUGUUGAAAGACUCAAGAUCGGGUGGUCGAUUGAAGACCACGACAGGUGUAGGAGCAGUGACUAGUACACCGUCGUAUGUGGGUGGGGGGAACGGAAUGAUCUCACACCGACUGGAGUCACUGUUAGGGAGCACUAUUGAGGAUUCGGAUGAUGAUAGCUGUGUCUCUGAAGUACUAGACCACGCCCACUCUCUCUUUCUGAGGUUACAUAGUGACGACUACUCAGAGCUUGACCAGUCAAGUAACCACGACGACAGCUCCGAUCAAUCAGAUACUGUUAGUGAUGAUGACAUUAUUGACGAACUAUUCUUUAUUUAAUAAUUAAUUAACCUGUGCUUAUAAUUUGUGCGAUACUCGAUCUCUAUAAUUAUUAUUAUU